AGGCGGACCCGGCAUCCGCAGGUCCUUCCCCUGGACACCCGUCCCUCCGCCCAGCCUGGCCAUGGCCCUGUGCCUGAAGCAGGUGUUCGCCAAGGACAAGACUUUCCGGCCGCGGAAGCGCUUCGAGCCGGGCACACAGCGCUUUGAGCUGUACAAGAAGGCACAGGCAUCGCUUAAGUCCGGCCUGGACCUGCGCAGUGUGGUGAGGCUGCCGCCGGGCGAGAAUAUUGACGACUGGAUCGCCGUGCACGUGGUGGACUUCUUUAACCGCAUCAACCUCAUCUAUGGCACCAUGGCUGAGCGCUGCAGCGAGACCAGCUGCCCGGUGAUGGCUGGAGGGCCCCGCUACGAGUACCGCUGGCAGGACGAGCGGCAGUACCGGCGGCCAGCCAAGCUCUCGGCACCGCGCUACAUGGCCUUACUCAUGGACUGGAUUGAGGGCCUCAUCAACGAUGAGGAUGUCUUUCCCACUCGAGUUGGAGUCCCCUUUCCCAAGAACUUCCAGCAGGUCUGCACCAAGAUCCUGACCCGCCUCUUUCGAGUCUUUGUCCAUGUCUACAUCCACCACUUCGACAGCAUCCUCAGCAUGGGGGCCGAGGCACACGUCAACACCUGCUACAAGCACUUCUACUACUUCAUCCGAGAGUUCAGCCUGGUGGACCAGCGGGAGCUGGAGCCACUGGUGAGGCCAAGCCCCCACUACCCUCCCCUACCAGCGCUAGUCUCUAAGUUUUCAGAUCCAAAGUCUACCUGUACUAAGAAAAUCCAAUACCCAAGUGGAUAAAUUAGGGGAAGACAAUUCAUUUAACAAUGAUUCUGUACUUUAAUAGAGAAUAUGUUCGAGUUUCAGUUUACAAACCCAGAUCUGCAGCCUGGAGUUGGGGUGGGAGGAGGGAAGGGGCCAGGUUCAGGCAGAAGAGCAGCCAGGCCCUAU